AUGAGUGCACUCAACAACACAGCCCCACGCUUCCGCAAUCACAUUUCGGGUCCGCUGGCUUCUCAAGCCUCGUACCCACCGACGCUGGACGUCCCUCCCAGGCUUGCUUCGUCGCUUGCGACGCCCAUGGCCACGCCUCUGGCAACACCGCUUGCCCCUCCUCCCCCUCCACCGCUCCACCUGUCGUCCACACAGCCUUCGCGCAGCGGUGUCCGCUACGCAGGGCUGGACCACACUCUCGGCCCCACGUUCUCCGAGGAGGAGGACGGUGACGACUCGGACUUUAUCGCAGCAAAGAUGGCCUCGCUCGGCCUGGGUUAUAACAGCGGCAGCGGCAGCGGCUACAGUCGCGACGCACACCACAACCACAACCACAACCAUCACCACCACCACAAUCACCACCACCACCACAACCACAACAACAAAAGCAGCAGCAACAACUCGGCAGAGGUUCAGCGUCGAGUGGAGGCUCAGCAGAUGAUGCAGCUCCAGGCCCUCAAGCAUGCUCAGCAGCAGCAGCAGCAACUCGACCAGCAGGAGCUCUUGCAGGCUCAGCGUGACGCCGCCUUGUACAACUUGAUCGUCACCUCGAACGACCCGCAGCAACGUCGUGAGGCAAUGGCAUUGUGGGAACUGCAGCGCGCACAGCUUGCUGCGACCACACCUGCGGGUCACCUCGAGCGUGCAUACGCCCAACAGAGUGCCCAGCAGGCCGCCGUCAACCAGCGUGCCCUCCAGCAGCAAAUGCUCGCCCUUCAAAUGCAGCAGCAGCAACACACUGCGCAGGGCCACCGUGGUGCCCUCGCCGCUCAGCUCGAGGCCGGUACUCUUCGCCGCGAGCGUGAACGUGAGGCUCGCGCCCGCCCUCUGAGCCCCGACGAUGCUCACUUGCGGGCAAUGUUUGAGAGCGCGCCCUCGGGCUACUUCCCUCCGAUCUCGCCUCCCAUCAACUCUGCGGCUGGCGUGGGAUGGACAUCAACGACCAAGACGCCCGACUGGCCACAAUGGACCACGCCACCAGCGCCUGCUCGCACCAACAGCUCCAACUCGCGUGCUGACUCGCGAGCACCUUCCCCGCCGGCGCCCUCGACUGGGCCGCCCGUGUCCGCUGGUAUUGGGCGUUUUGCCCGCGCCCGGCAGGAGCAGGCCGUUCGCGGUAGUGGUGCCGCAGCGCCCAGCACUACCCCUCUGGCAGCUCUUCUCUCUCGCCGCAGGCAGGUCGACGACGACGCCUCGUCAGUGCUGUCGUUCCCCGAUAUCCCCGCGACCUCGCCCACCUCCGAGUCGGGCUAUACCCACCAUGUUGGCUCCGAGCGCAAGUGGUCGGCCGAGUCCAACGGCGGCCGCCAGGUCGAGUCUGACUCGGGCCACAUUCUCUACAAGGACCCGGCAUCCUAUUUUGAGUGGGGCCACCGCUUGGCUGCAGCACCUCGCUCCCAGUCCUUCUCGCAGGGCCGCACAAACGACAACAACGUGCGCUCUACCGACUCGUAUACCUCGCGCGCUCCCGUCUCCAUUGUUACUCGCCAGCCAUUUGGACCUCCAGGUUCAGCCAACGAGCUCAAGCAGAAAAACUUUGCCUCAAGCAUUCGCCGCAAGGCAGGUCUCAACCUUGGCAUGCUUAACCGCAGGACUGAGAGCUACGACGUAUGA